AAAACGCGCGUUAAUUUAAGUAUUAACAUGAAUUCUCCGUGCAACAAAAUCUGUGCCGACUGCCAUCAUACUGUAACUAAAUACGCCUCUUUAUCUUAUGGAGUUUUUCUUUGUGAACUAUGUGGUGUUUCGCAUCAAACACUGAAUGGAAACAUAAAACGGAUUUCUACAGAUGAAGAAAAUAGUCUCAUUUGGUCAGAUGAUAGUGUGUCGCGUCUGAAGAAGUUUGGAGGGAACAAAGCUAUUAACCAAAAUCUAGAAGCAUCACUACCAGUGUAUUUCCGUCGUCCAUGGCCCGGUGUUGAAUGUCCUAUUUUUUUAAGAGAGGCGUUCAUAAAAUCAAAAUAUAUUCACGAAGAGUUACGAGCGAUGCUAUAGGAAGAGGGGCUCAAAGUCAAUUUGCGUGUUCUUUUAAGUCAGGCGUACUAUUGAAAAAGUUGCGUGACUCACUACAUUUUGUGAGCGCUUUUUUGAACUGUCCGUUGAAGGCAAUUAUUUCCGUUAUUACAUUAAACCUUCCGAUUCACAACCUAAAACAAUCACUGGAUCUAGAAAGACUUAAUUUUACAUUCAUCCCAUCUAAGGAUUAUGGUCUCCCACCACAUACUGCACUCAUUCAGUUCGUUCAAGACUGCUCAACAAGACACAUGUUUAUACGAUCCGAAGAUAGUAGAACCAUAAUUAAUUGGUACAAUGCAAUACGUUUAGGCAAGUAUCACCGUCUAUGCCUUGGUCUCAGUGGUAUGGGUGUCACACUGUCACCAGCUGAACUGAGUAAAAGGCUAACUAGAGACGUAGAUAUGGCUGGUUGGCUCUCUAAAACGGGACCACGCAAGAACGAUGCCUGGCGUCGCCGGUGGUGCAUGAUUUUGAAUCGUCAUUUCUUAUAUACCGAUAACCCAUUAAGCCCAUUCGCCAAAGGAGAGUUAUUUAUUGGUUCCAACAAAGAAGGCUACUCUGUAACAAAUACCACUCCCGAUGGUUGGAACCGUCAUAAUGGGUACCCAUUAACUAUUCACACGUCAGCACGUCCUUUCGUAUUUGUUGCUGACAAAAAAGAAGAACAGGAAAAUGGUUAGAAAUUAUUCAAAAGAUUAUGAAUAUACCACUAACACUUGCAGAACACAAACAGGCAGCUAUGGUGACUAAAAAGCGUACUAAUGCGUUAGACUUCCUUAAAACUUCCUAAAUUUCCCGGUGGUUCCUUGUUUGUUAGCAUAUUAAUUAAUUAGCUACCAUCAUGGAAAAUUCUUUAAGUCGAAUACAAUAUCCAAAAUAGCCUAUGUAAAUAACCGCAUGCAUCCUACAAAAGCUUCAAAUCCAUUUUGUUUAUGUACUGUUAUGGCCUCGUUCAAAACCUCUUGCCUUCUUCACAGAUUAUCUAUUCUGUUACGAAAGUUAUAUAUGCAUAUCAUCUCAAACAUUUAUAACAUUAAAUAACGUAGGAUUUAAAUGUCUGAAUUGUUUAUUAAAUUAGAAAAACAGUUAUUCUUCAUUUUGGCACUUGUAAAAUAGCUUAUGGGAUGGAUUUCUUACUUGUUUUUUACAUCUUCUAUUUGCAUUUUGUGUGAUCUUAAUUCUGUUUUCAAAUUUAAUUUAUGUAACACUACUGGUAAAUAAAUUUCUUUUCUUC